AUGACUUCAGCAGAAGCGGUCAUCGACGUGAGAGAUGCAAUGAAUGCAGGAUUCGACGGCUUUGCCCUGAACACUCACACAAUCAGUUCAUCAGAUACAUGGAAUAUCAACGCGCUGAACUACCUCUUUGCCGCUGCAUCGGGAACCAAUUUCAAAUUAUUUAUCUCAUUUGACAUGAGCUGGGGCUUGGAUGUCACACAGCUUGCAGCCUUCCUAGCGCCAUACGUGAGCCAAGGCGCAUACUACAAGGUCAACGGCCAGGCUUUCGUUAGCACCUUCACUGGUGGCACGAUCUCUAACGCACAAUGGGAUUCCGGAUUUAUUCAGCCUAUGACGUCGACCUAUGGCAUCAAGCCAUUCUUUGUUCCUGACUUUGACGACUUCUCUGGCUAUCCUAAUAGCGUUUUUAGCUCCUAUCCUAUUCUCAACGGUGUUUUCAGCUGGGAGUCUGCAUGGCCAGCCCCCGGAAGCACUCCCACCAAUGUCAGCAGUCAAGUGGAUUCGGCUGCUUUACAACAAGCUCAUGCGGCUGGAAAGCUCUACAUGAUGCGUGAGUAA